AUGAAGUUCAAGAUCUUCAAGGACUCAGAGUUCUCGGGCGACCUCUACGAGAUGUCAACGUUCAUGCAACCUCCUGCUCGCGGUUGGCUGUCCACUGCCGAUUGCUUCGGCCGCGCGCUUCGUGUAGUUCUGGCUUUCUACGUAUUGCUCGCCACGCAGCCGCUUGAGUUGUACAGCUUCCUUGUGAAAUACCAUCAUGUCUUUCACUUUGGAGGUUGGAUAGGAUGGAGUCACCUGAUCGUGCUCGUGUCCUUGAUAACGUGGCCAGUACUGGUGAUCCUGCUUGUGUGCCAGGAUAAACUGAAGACUGCGUUGCAGCCACCUUCGGAGGUCAACUGUUUUUUCGUGGAGCCUGAGAAUUUCUUCGCGCGCUGCUUCUGGGCGUUCCAAAUGGUAAGCUCGGUGCCCCUGGCCAUUUUCAUGACCCACGGCAACAGCACUGCUGCGAUCGACAAUGCCUGGCAUGAUUACGUCCUGACCAAGCAGUUCUGGAGGAGACAUAUGGAGAAAACCAACAUGCCGUUCCCCCAGCAACUUGGCCUAUGGGAUGGGAGCAGUUGCGAUUGGUGGUCGCACACAAAAGGGAAAUCAGAUGACUUCAUCGUUGGGGAUGUCGUGUUGAAGCUGAUGGACGGUUGCUUGGGCGAAGGGGACACUUUCCUGGAAGUUGGCAAAAAUGGUUUUGAUGGCACUUUGGGUGCGGUGUCAAGGGUGCUGGACGAGAAAUAUGCAUCAAUCGUAGGAGUGCUUGUUCUUGAGUGGGUCCGCCCCAAGUCUGGGCACGAGGUGCACUCAUUCGACAUCGUCACCAUGGUCAUGCCCGACGACAGCAUCCAGCUCGUAUCAUGCCUGUACUGGGGCAACUGCAGGGACGGAGGAUCCAGCACGCACGAUGCCAUGGCCGGCUUCGUAGUCGACGUCGACAAGGAGAGGGUGCAUUCGGCAGCAUCGUGGUACUCCGCCCUGUUUGCGAAGACCAUGGGGGCGGGGCAGAGCGGCCACGGCACGGGGCGCGGCGAGGUCGGCCCCGGCAGCCACUUCCCGGGCAUCAGGGAGCUGUGCGAGCAGGCCAUCAAGGGUCACGAGUCUGCUCUGCAGGAGACACCAUGGUUGCACGUGGUGGGUUGGGAUGCAAUGUUCAGCACCUCUGGGCCCGUCUUCUUCGAGGGCAAUUACGCAUCGCAUCGCAUCCCCCGGCGCGUCUUCCUGACGUGGAGAAGUACCUUCUGGUUCCUGAGUAACAGUAGGCGCUUCAGCUUGCUCCAAUCACAGCGCAGGAAACACAUCUCCGUGUAG